CUACCAUUUGGUCUGGCAGCAUCAAGUGUAGGGAGAUUCCAUCUGGAUGAGCCGGAGGCGCUGAUCAUGAGGUCGACCCAUAAUCCCCUGGUCUGCCCAUCAGACUCCUGUUAAGGUGACAUGUAGGACUUGCCUUCUGAAACUCUGCCAGGAUUUUCCUUUGGAUUUUUUAUUCAUUUAUAUCGUACGCCAAAAUACACAAAUUCUGGUGCAGCAUGUGGCCUUGUGUAGAACCAACCAAAGGGAAAUAGCUUGUUGAUGUCAUAAAUAUUGAGGCCUUACCUUAACUGAGGGGCAAUUUAUAUUUUUAAUCUUUUGGAAGAUUUUGGAACCGUCUCCAAGUGAUUUUAGAGGAUUAUGUUCAUUUAGCUAUUUUUGUCUCCAAUAAUACAUAUAUCAAAUUCAAGCCAAAAUGGAUGACCCUUACCAAAACAACAUAAACCAGCCGGGAGAAACGUAUCCCACAUAUGGAGAAGGAGGAGAGUACACUUACCCUUAUCAGACGGACUUCCCUCCUCGGGAGGAGGAUGAUGCUGCUAGUGAUGCCACCGAGGGGCAUGAUGAAGAUGAGCAGAUGUAUGAGGGAGAGUACCAAGGCAUCCCUCAUCCGGACGAGAUCAAGGAGGCACGGAGAGCCGCGCGGAGGGAGGCCCGUGCGAAGGCCAGGAUGGCAGCUGAGGUCGUUGAGGAAUCGUUGCCAGAGCAGUACGAGAGCAUCAUGGAAGACUGCGGGCACGGACGCUUCCAGUGGACCCUCUUCACCGUGCUGGGUCUGGCCCUGAUGGCUGACGGCGUGGAGUGCUUCGUUGUGAGUUUCGCCCUGCCCAGUGCUGAGAAGGACAUGUGCCUGUCGAAUGCUGACAAGGGCAUGCUGGGUUUAAUAGUGUACGUGGGCAUGAUGAUCGGCGCUGUCGUGUGGGGGGGUCUGGCUGAUAAACUGGGCAGAAGACAGUGUUUACUCUACGCACUGGCUAUCAACUGCAUCUUCUCCUUCCUGUCUUCUUUCGCACAGGGCUACGGCUUCUUUAUCUUCUUCAGACUCUGCUCGGGAAUUGGGAUCGGAGGAUCAAUCCCUGUCGUGUAUACGUACUUUGCUGAGUUCCUCCAGAUAGAUAAGAGAGGAGAACAUCUCAGCUGGUUGUGCUUGUUCUGGAUGCUCGGAGGACUGUACGCUUCCUUCACCGCAUGGGGAAUCAUCCCACAUUAUGGCUGGGGUUUCAGUAUGGGGACAGAGUUCCAGUUCCACAGUUGGAGGGUGUUUGUACUGGUUUGUUUCCUUCCCUCUGUGGCUGCUCUCGCUGGGCUUGUGUUCAUGCCAGAAAGUCCCCGUUUCCUCCUGGAGACUGCAAGACACGAUGAGGCCUGGAUGGUCUUGCGGCAAGUCCAUGACACCAACUGGAGGGCAAAGGGAGAGCCAGAACGAGUGUUUCAAGUUUCGCAGCUUAAAAUACCCGAAACACAAGAGGACGAGUUCAUAGAGAUUCAGAGUGAAACUGGAACUGCCUUUCAGAGAUUCACGGUCAGACACCUGACCCUGGUUAAACAGGUCAUGAAGAACAUGAUGUCACUGGCUGCACCUGAUCUCAGACUCCAUAGUUUGUUCAUUGCCAUUGUGUGGUUUACGAUGGCCUUCAGCUAUUAUGGCCUGGGAGCGUGGUUUCCUGACCAGAUCAAGUACCUCCAGUUUGAGGAGUACGAGUCCAACGUCAAGAUCUUCUAUCGUGAGAAAGUGGAACGCUUUCAUUUUAACUUCACUCUGCAAAAUCAAGUCCACAAAGAGGGGGAGUAUAUCCAUGACAGGUUUAUCAACAUAGAAAUAAAAAAUGUGAAGUUUGAGGAAUCCCUGUUUGAGAACUGUUAUUUUGAGGACAUCAGAUCAACAGAGACCUUCUUUGAGAACUGCACCCUUAAAAACACAGUCUUCUACAAUACUGACCUGUGGAAAGAUUCCAAGUUUUUUAACUGUAAGCUGGAAAAUACAACAUUUUUGCACCCAAAAAAAGGCUGCCAUCUAAAUUUCCAAGAGGAAAAUGACAUCCUGAUCUAUCUAGUCUGCUUCCUGGGCAGUUUAUCUGUGAUACCUGGCAACAUCGUAGCAGGUCUAUUAAUGGAUAAAAUAGGACGACUUAAAAUUAUAGGGGCAUCUAUGUUAGGCUCCGCUGUCUGCACGUUCUUCCUGCUCCUGUGCUUCAGUCAGUGGGCUGUCGUCCUGUUCCAGUGCCUGUUCUUCGCAAGCAGUGCGGCAGCUUGGAAUGGCAUCGAGGUCAUCACUGUGGAGCUCUAUCCUGCCUCGAAAAGAGCCACAGCUUUUGGUGUGCUGAAUGGCACAUGUAAACUGGCAGCUAUCAUUAGCACUUUCAUCUUCGGCAAGUUUAUCGGCAUCACCAAGAUUAUCCCGAUCAUCCUGUCCUUCUCAGCGCUAGUGUGUGGAGGACUGCUAGCAUUUAAGCUACCUGAGACUCGGGAGGUCAUUCUUCAGUGAAAAAGCCAAACUCCUCAAGGCCUCAGCGUUUGGUCCAGCUGGACACUGGAUGACCGUAUGCUUAGACUGAUGAACACUGUCAGGAAAUGGGCUGAAUCAUGUGAAGCUGAAACAGUGUUAUGUUAGAACCACUGUACUGUAGUAUUGCCGUACUUUCAUAGAAUUACUUGUAGAGAUGUAGAUGUGUAUGUAGUUCACAGUGGCUGUAUUGUGAGUAAGAAAUCCCAAAUGUGGAAAUAUGGGGCAAUAUCUUUGCUACAAAAUGAUUUAGAGGCGAGUAGUGAUAUCAAAUUCCCUUUUUUAUAUUGGAACAAAUAAUAACUUUGACUGUAAGUUCAAACUUUUAAUGAGAUCUUGUAAAAAUUGAGUUCACCCGCUCACCAACUUUUGGUCAUCAGCUAGUUUUUGUUGUGUUGUAUUUGUUAACUACGUUGUUAUAUAUUUAUUUUCACAUUAGACAAUUACAUUUUCACUGUGUUUUAAUUCUAACGUUUUUGGAUUCCCAUUUUUUUUCAACUAUUAUUUGUCAUGCCUUUCGUUAGAAGACAUCAAAAUUACAAUGUUUGUAUGGAGAUAGACAUUUUUAAAAUGGACUUAUGUGUGAAGUAUGUAUAAUGCUCAUUUCCUUUGAGAAAAUAUGUAGAUUAUGUGAUUCUGAUUUUAUUUGUCUCUUGUUUUAAAAGUGUGUGAAUACUAAAUAUGUAGGUAUGGCUCACUUUUUUUUCCACUUUUGACCACAGAAAAUGCUAUUCAAAUAUCCUCCUAUACAUCAACACUGAUUAAACGACUCCUAACAUCUUUAUGUCAAGAGAAAUCUAAAAGAAAAUCUUUUUAUAUUUCAUGUUCAAAUAAGAAAAGAUCAGUUUACCUUUUUGUUUUUUGUUUGUCAUGGUUUUGUGAUGGUAUAACAAUAAAAAAAAAAUAUAAAACAUAA